AAUGUAAGGUUGAGCAGGAUAUAGAGAGACAGAGAGGUUUGCUUUUCACCUUUCCAUCACAAAUCCUCCUCAGCAGAUUCCUCAACAUCUCUUUACUUCCAUUUGUUUCUCUCAACCCAAAGAAUAAUAAUCUCUUUUACUUAUCAUCUCACAUAUUCUAUGAUGCCAUUCUUCUUAUUCUCUUCCUCCUCUUCUUCUAUGCCUUCUUUCUCUUCCCCUCUUUCUCUUAACCCAUACUAUUCCUUCAUCCAAUGUAUAGCUCUCAGCCUUCACCACAUGAGAGGAGGAAAUCAAGGUUUAAGAAAUGGCUAAGUAAGCUUUUCAAGGCUGGGUCAGCCAACAACGGUGGACUAGGAGAAGGCAACAUGGUUAGGCCCCCUUUUAAGAAAAAUGAGAGGAAGUAUGCACGUGAUUUUCUUGAAGAGAUAGGGAUGAUAGAUUGUAGGCCUACCGAUACUCCCAUGGAUCCAAAUGAUGAUCACUAUUGGGCCGGUAGAGAAAAAGGGGAACUAGAUCAAUCAAUUGCAAGCUCUCUCGCCAAAGAUUCACAGAGACCAAAUGGACAGAAGAAACCGGGGACUGAAAAUGAUGAGGACCUAGCACGAUCGCUCCAUGAUAACCUAAACCCAUCCAAAGAACCUCCAUAUCCUCCUCCAUAUGCUCCUUCAUGUGCUCCUUGGGACUACAAUGCCAGAGGUUGUAGAAAAUGUGGUGGCUGCCAGAGGGAUAUCGGUUCCGGCAAUUAUUUGGGAUGCAUGGGAACUUUCUUCCAUCCAGAGUGCUUUCUAUGUCAUGCCUGUGGUUUUCCAAUUACAGAGUUUGAGUUUUCUUUGUCAGGGAACAAUUCAUAUCAUAAGUCAUGCUUCAAGGAACUGACACAUCCCAAAUGUGAAGUGUGCCGCCAAUUUAUCCCGACAAAUGGAGCUGGAUUGAUAGAGUAUAGAUGCCACCCGUUUUGGUCCCAGAAAUAUUGUCCUUCUCACGAGAAUGACGGCACUAAACGGUGUUGUAGUUGUGAACGUAUCGAGUCACAUAAUACAAGAUAUGUAUCACUUGGAGAUGGUCGGAGCUUAUGUCUAGAGUGCAUGGAAUCGGCCAUCUUGGACACUGGAGACUGCCAACAACUUUACCAUUCCAUUAGAGACUUUUAUGAAGGCAUGAAUAUGGCAAUAGAUCAGCAAAUUCCUAUGCUACUUGUUGAAAGACAAGCCCUUAAUGAAGCUAUUGAAGGGGAGAAACAUGGUUUCCAUCAUAUGCCUGAAACCAGAGGUCUAUGCAUAUCGGAAGAGCAGACAGUGACCGGUAUACUCAAGAGGCAAAGAAUGGCUGUUCGUGGACUAGUAGGAAUCAGAACACAGCCUCAGAAGCUCACUAGAAAAUGUGAAGUUACAGCUAUCCUUGUCAUAUAUGGGCUUCCUAGAUUACUUACUGGUGCUAUUCUUGCUCACGAACUGAUGCAUGCAUGGUUACGUCUAAAAGGGUUCCGUAAUCUUAACCCUGAGGUGGAAGAAGGAAUAUGCCAAGUGCUUUCACAGAUGUGGCUUGAAUCAGAAGUGAUACCUGGAUCCAGAAAUAUGCCAUCCACAUCCACUGUUUCAUCCUCUUCGACAUGGUCAUAUUCCAAGAAAGGUGGAAAGUCAGGAGUGGAGAAUAAGUUGGGUGAGUUUUUCUUGCAUCAGAUCGCCCACGAUGCUUCUCCAGCAUAUGGUGCAGGAUUUAGAGCUGCUAAUGCAGCCGUGAAUAAGUAUGGUUUGCGACGUACGUUGGAUCACAUUCGGUUGACAGGAAGUUUUCCUUUAUGAUGCGGUCAUGAUACCUCUCUGACGCUGUCCAUGAUCAUUGUUUCUGCUUUGUGACAAUUGAAGAUCAUUCAGUCCAUUCCCAUUUUGGAAUACUGAUAAGGAAAUCGGAGCAUCCUAGAGAUUAGAGAGUAACAUGUUUCGCCAUGAAAUAUUAACAAGAAAAUCUGUCUUGUAUAGGGCGAUCUGGUGCAUUUGAGCUAGAAAUAUGAAUGCUCCAGGAUCAUUUCCAACGUCUCGGACAAAUAUUUAUUGUGAAGGAAGUCCUACUUUAAGCUGUACCUGUUACACUUGUUCCUUUUGGAGUGCUUACUACAGAAGAGUGAACCAAGUUAAGUUGUG